UUUUCAGUUUUUUGUCUUUCUCACCGUAAUCAUCUCCCCACAGUUGUGUGGUGAAUCCUAAUUUGCGUGUUUAGUUAUUUUUCUUUUUGAAACGGAUCGGACCGAGCGGAUUCCGGCGGCGGAUAACAUUUUCCGGCGAUAUCUGCGGCGUUAAGAUGGCGGAUGAGAGGUACAACCGGAAGAAUCCGGCGGUAAAGAGGAUCUUGCAGGAGGUUAAGGAGAUGCAAGCAAAUCCAUCUGAUGAUUUCAUGUCUCUUCCUCUUGAGGAGAACAUCUUUGAGUGGCAAUUCGCCAUCCGAGGUCCUGGUGACACUGAAUUUGAGGGCGGGAUUUAUCAUGGCAGAAUUCAGCUUCCUGCAGAUUACCCUUUCAAGCCUCCUUCGUUCAUGUUAUUGACGCCUAACGGUCGUUUUGAAACCAAUACCAAGAUUUGCUUGAGCAUUUCAAAUUACCAUCCCGAGCAUUGGCAACCUUCAUGGAGUGUUCGGACUGCUUUGGUGGCUCUCAUUGCGUUCAUGCCUACAAGCCCCAGUGGAGCACUGGGCUCAGUAGAUUAUCCAAAAGAAGAGAGGCGUACACUAGCCAUUAAAUCACGUGAGGCACCACCCAAGCAUGGCUCUCCUGAACGGCAAAAACUUAUUGAUGAGAUUCAUCAUUACAUACUAAGCAAAGCAACCGUGGUUCCAAAACCUAUUCCUCUGGAAUCUAACCAAACACCUUCCACGGAAUCAGAAGCUCAGUCCCAAACUGAGCCACAGGAAGCCACAACGGUAGUUGAAGAGCAGUCCAUCACUACAACAGAUACCAUAGCUGAUGAUCAAAUCAUUGAAGAAGCGGUUGAAGCAGUCAAUAUAGCAGCUAAUGUGAGUCUCACUGCAGGAGCGUUAGCAACAGUUGAGGUUGCGGCAAAAGCUUCUGGAAGUGAUGAGCAAACGGUGGUCAGAAGAGCGGCUCAGAAGCCAGUCGAUGACAGACUGUUCACAUGGGCGGCUGUUGGGCUCACAAUCGCAAUCGUGGUUCUUCUCCUUAAGAAGUUCAUAAGAUCAAGUGGUUAUGGUGCUGGGCUUAUGGAUGAGUCUUGAACUCUGAUGAACAUCGUCGAACCAGACGUUAAAAAUGUCAAAGCUGAUCGAUGAAUGACUAAAUCUGCUGCUUUUGGGAAAUGGGGUUUGGUCGUCUGAUAUAUAUAUAUGAAUAUGAUAUGAUUGAAGUGCAUAAAAAUGUGGUAAAUAAUUUAAGUGUGACUUUGUCUUGCAACUUAGUUGAUAGAUUCGAUUAUAAAUUGUGACCUAUUGUAUUUUGGAUUUGAAUAUAUUACUGACGAGUGACGACCUUUUAUUAAUACAUUUAUUUAUUGAUA